AUGGCGGCCACCGGUCACACGGUCACCAUCGACCGGGCUUAUUUCGAGACGCUACUACGAAAGGCCAGUUUUGGAAAUGGCGAAUACACGACGAAUGUGCCUCCACCACCCGGGGCUCAGGACGUGACUGUCGUCUCUAAGGCGGACCAUGAGCAACUUCUCUCCAUUGCACGCCAAUAUGCGAGUUUGCGAGCCAAUCUGAUGAAUGGCGGAGUAGACGAGAACACCAUUGAUCUGUUGAGCCAAGAUGAUACGAGUCUUCGAAUGCAGCACCUUGCUGUUCAGUCCGCAUCUAGCAUCCCUCCUCACGAGAAGGCAGACUGUUCUGGUAGUGAUGGUGCAAUUGCCUUGAAGCCGCAGAUAUCAUGGAAAUCUGGACCUCGACAGACCUCGCUCGAGACUGACAGGAAUGGCUACGACCAUUACAACAAUGCCUCCGCUAACAAGUCGGUCAAGUGCCGGUCAGAUUGGGCAGACGGUGACGAUGACAACUUUUCGACUCCGCACUCAUUCGAUGCCCAGACCACCCGUGCGGCCCAGAAUUUAAGUCCCGACCAAUUUUCCCAGCCUCAACGGUCAUCCAACAAGCCUUACUAUGCCCGAAUGUGCAAGCGAACCAUCACACUAGCGGGGAUCCCUGAGGGCACUACAUACGAGGAUAUUACCAACGUCGUACGAGGUGGCAUGCUUCUGGAGAUAUAUAUCAAAGCACACGAGCAUUCUGCGCUGGUUUCCUUCCUCCUUGAGAAGGAUGCCGUGCGUUUCUACGAGUAUUCGCGCGAGAACGAUCUGUAUAUCAACCACAAGCGUAUUUUUAUCAAGUGGGCAGACCGACAGUUUCAUCUACCUGGCCAUGUUGCCGGUAAAAUCUCUCAGGGAGCCACACGAAACAUGGUCAUCCGCCGCUGCGAUCCUAAGCACACCGAGGACAGUGUCCGUGACGACCUUGAACACAUUCACAACCUUGUUGUUAUCAAGAUUGAGUUCCUUGGAGGAAGCUGCUACAUCAAGACCAACUCCGUCCACAAUGCAAUGUUUGCCCGUACUUGCAUGAUGAGCCGAGCCAAAUAUAAGGGCUCAAGAAUCGACUGGGACACCGAUGAAUGCGAGCAACCUCUAGAGAGCGCCCGAAAGCUCUCUCUACCUAGGCCCUCUCCUCCCCGAUCCUCCUCUCCCAAGUAUCAGCAUGUGUCUCCGAUGAAGAAGCCAGUCGUUAAGGUACGAAACCGCUUCGCGGGACUUCGAUUGGAUGAUGACGAUGACAUGAGUGACGAGGAGUUCUACAGUUCAACUGAGUUUGCUCCCGCGAGCACUGUCGAUGUGACUGCGUGA